AUGUCUGUCGUCCAAACUGGCCUACGAGCCCUCCAGUUCCUAUGGACUCUCCUGCUCAUAUCUCUCAUUGGUAACAUUAUCCACGAUGCGUACGCCGGCAAUCCUAGCAUCAUCAACUACGACAUGUUUGUUGCCGUUUUCGGUAUGCUGUCUCUGAUCUACCUUAUACCAACCUCCAUCAAGGAUGGCAUGGCCAUUCCAAUCGUUACCAUGGCUCUAGAUGGCCUCAAUACAUUAUUCUGGCUUAUCGGCGGUAUUGCUACGGCUGCCUACCUCGGCGCCCACAGCUGCAGCAAUGAGGGCUACGCAAGCACCAACGUCGUGACGAACGGUGGCCCACAUAUGAAGCGUUGUCGUGAGGCGCAGGCAUCCACCGCCUUCCUUUGGUUCGGAUUUGCCACGUUCGCUGCUACUACUGUUCUAUCCAUCAUGGGUGGUGGCGGUAACGUUAAUAUGCGUGGUGGUAUUGGAGGUAUCCGCCGUGGGGCUCCGUCAAUGAGCCAGGUCUAG